AUGCAGAACGAACGCGGCCAAGGUGUUUCCCACGCCACUGACUCCCAAGUCCCCGGCAAGAUCCAGGAGAAGGCUCCCGCCAAGCUCGAGCACGAGCUCCCUGACUCCGUCCACGACACCGGCUCCAACCAGCAGACCGGCAAGGUCAGCCACGCCACUGGCCCCAGCAAGGUCCCUCAGUCCAUCCAGGAGGCCGCUCCCCAGAAACUCGAGGAGAUCCUUCCCGAGAAGAUCCACCCCACAAAGUAA